CAAGGUUUCCUAAAACAACAAAUUAUGGCUGCGAACAAGAGUCCUAUCAAGAUAUGCAUCACCGGUGGAGCUGGUCAAAUAGCCUACUCCCUUCUUCUUGAAGUUGCUUCCGGCAAAGUGUUCGGUGCAGACCAGCCUGUUAUUCUACAUCUGCUGGACAUCCCACAUUGCAUGGAGAAACUUAACGGAGUAGUGAUGGAGUUGGAGGAUCUGGCUCUUUCUCUUGUCAGAGGUGUUGUGGCUACUGACGACCCGAUGGUAGCGUUUGCCGAUGUGGAUGUUGCUCUCCUCCUGGGUGCUUUCCCUCGACUGAAGGGGAUGGAGCGCAAAGACCUCCUUGCCAAGAAUAAUGACAUCUUCCGUGUCACCGGCAAAGCUAUUGAUAGUGUUGGAAAGAAAUCUAUAAAAGUGGUCGUUGUAGGUAACCCUUGUAACACCAAUGCGCUGACUUGUAUGAAGAACGCACCUUCUAUUCCUAAAGAGAACUUCACCUGUCUGACUAGACUUGAUCAGAAUAGAGCCAAAUCUCAGUUGGCACACAAACUUGGUGUUUCCGUUUCUCAAAUCAUGAAUGUUAUCAUCUGGGGUAACCACUCUGGAACUCAGUUCCCUGAUGCCCGCCAUGCUUCCGUUGUCUUGAACGGCGUGAUCCAACCUCUAACUGGCGCGCUCAGUGACGAUGCUUGGAUCAAAUCUGAUUUCAUCACGACGGUCCAGUCGCGUGGUGCCGCUGUUAUCAAGGCUAGGGGCCUCAGCUCGGCUAUGUCUGCAGCUAAAGCUAUCGGCGAUCACACACGGGACUGGUGGUUUGGAACAAAAGAAGGAGAGUUCACCAGUAUGGGUGUGAUUUCUGAUGGAAGUUACAACAUUCCUGCUGGAAUUAUCUACUCCUUCCCGGUCACAAUACAGGCUGGUGGAAAAUGGAACAUUGUCCAGGGUCUGAAACAGGACGACUUCGCUACUGAGAAAAUGGUGGCUACUUACAACGAGCUACAAGAAGAGGCCACCGAAGCCGCCAAGCUCGCCGCUGAAGCCGCCAACUAAAUUAGCGUUUGUAAAUUUAGCCUUCAAUAUUGAUAUUUUAUGGUUUUUGUAGGCAUUAAAUAUUGCACAUUUUCAUGUAGAUUUUAGAAGACCAUAUUUAUAAUUAGUUUGUGUACUACUCACCUUCUCAUUUGAUUAUUAAAGAAUUCACGAAAGGUUUGAAUUUGAGCUCAUUUAAAGAGUAAACAGUCAGAUUUUUACGAAGAUUAAUUUAUUGCAACUGUGUGUUCUAAUGUUCUCAUUCUCACAUUACAUUGUUUAGAAUAUA